AUGGAUUGGACGAGAGAUAUGGGAUUCGCGCUCGUCAACGUGUACAAGAAAAAGGAGGUUCUUUGGAACCCGCAACACUGCGAGUACCAUCAAAAGAACAAACGAAACGAUAGCUGGCAAGAAGUGGCCGAUGAACUGUCGGCCAUUAUCCAGAAACCAGUGCCCGCUUUAGAAUGCAAGAGAAAGAUGGACACCUUUCUUUCCUCGUUUCGAAGGGAAAGGGUGAAGAAAAGGAAGAUUAGUGAAACGACAGAGGGAGACAGCGAUAGAUCACACGGAGCCACGUGGUUCCUUUUCGACGCAUUGUCAUUUCUUAUCGAUAAAGAAGUCAUCCGUCGACCUCCAAAAAAUCCUGUUUCUAAUCGAGACGAACCGAACGCGAAUCCUCCGUUGUCUAAAGUAAGCGGAAGCAAGCAAUCGGAGGACGAUCGAACGGAAAAACUCCUGAAAUCAGUGAAAACACCAAACGAAGACGAAUGUUACAGCUACGGCAUGUUCGUGGCGAAUAAGUUGAAACGUUACUCAGCUCAUACUCGAAGUGCCGUACAACACGCGAUGAGCAAUAUACUUUAUAACGCUGACAUGGGCCAUUAUAAUCAGUCCAGUUCUGUAUCGGUGAACACACAAACCGAACCGAACCCAAUGGAGUGCAUUUGGUUGCAACAGGACGAGAACGAGUUUAAAAAUGAAGCAAUUAGCGACGUGGAGAACGAGGGCGAAAUAUUUAAUUAG